AUGACUGAGUCGGUUUCCGGGGGUCGCAAGUCGGCCCGUAGCCUCGUCCUUCAGACACCCGAGCUGCUGGAGAACAUUGUCAGCCACCUCCAGCGCUCUGAUCAGGUUGCUCUUCUUCGGGUCAACACCCACUUCCUCUACCCAGCAGGCCAAGCACUCUACCGACACCUCGAAAUCGACGACAACAACAUCCGGAACAUCUUCCGGGGUGUUGACCGCCCGUCGGUGCUCGGCCUCGGCAAGUCACUCAAGGCGCACUUCCUCUCUGGAACCCAGGUCGUGACGGUUCGCGACCACGACUGCAGCAACCAGUUCGACAACAGCUCCGUUCCCAAGUUUCGCCCGUCGAUGCUCCCAAACGUCAAGGUGCUCCGCCUGGACCCGGAGAACUGGCACAACCAGAGGCCCUGUAUGGGGAUGACCUGUGGCUUGUGGGCAAUCAACCGUCAGAAGACGGUCAUCCGCAACACUUGUCUCUAUUCCGGGAUGGGAAGUCUGGGAUUCCUCCCCCGCGGCGACCUCGGCGAUGCGACACUGUUCCUCCCGACUCGAGUGAGGAUAUCCACCGACCUGGGCCGCGCUUUCGUCUCUGCCACGACCCAUGGGUAUUGGCGACAGGAUGGGUCCAGAGUAGGCCACCUCAAGCUUGUGUUCCACCCUCAGGCGGAGAGCACAUUCAUCCGUCACUUGGGCUUCCAGGUUCGAUACACUGCGAUCCCCUAUCCCUGGGUUUGCAAGGCAUACGAGCUUGCCACAAAGGACACCACCAGUGUCACUGUGGUUGGGCUGGAGACAAUCCGCUUUGACGAUCGUCUCUCCGACGUUGCGCUCAUUGUCAACCGAGCAAGUACGGCGUUCAGGGUCUUCGCCAACGAUGCCAACAUGUGGGACGACGAUAGCGAGUCCGAAGGCAGUGACAGCGAUCUGGAAGGAGACGAUCCCGAGCGCACACCCCCGGGUAGCGCCUAUGCUGCGGCGGCAUGGGCGCUUCGGAAGUGGAAGAGGCGUAGAAUGACACAGGACACAACCGCUGCCACGAGGCUCACCACUCGGAACGCAGCGAAAGGCUCAUCCUCACCCAGAGCUUCCCUCUCGCGCCGCCGUAGCACCACAAAUUCGUCUUCAGCUACCGUGCCAGUGCUCACGCCAAAGCACCACUAUCUCCAACGCUUCAUGGAGAAUAUCUUUGCCUCAAACAGUUCCGGGCGCCGGGGUCAACUUACCUUCCAGUCAUACGCUGAGUAUGAGGCGAUGGCGUCGAGUGCGUUUGAAGUCUACCAUGAUCGGUAG